CCAAGUAAGAUGAUGCCCCAGCGAGGCCAUGCCGGGGGGAAGCUGUUUGCCUGCUCAGAAUGCGGGAAGGGAUUCGCACGGUCGUCCCACCUGCUGACGCACCAGACAGUGCACACUGGGGAGAGGCUGUUCGCCUGCCCUGACUGUGGGAAGAAGUUCACCCGGUCAUCGAGCUUGAUGCGGCACCAGCAGUUCCACACCGGGGAGAGGCUGUUCACCUGCACUGAGUGCGGGAGGGGCUUCACGCAGUCUUCCCACCUGGUGAGACACCAGCGGGUUCACACCGGUGAAAGGCCGUUCGCCUGCACUGAGUGUGGUGAGAGAUUUACCCAAUCGUCCAGCCUGAUGACGCACCAGCGUGUCCACACUGGGGAGCGGCCGUUCAGCUGCCCUGAGUGCGGGAAGAGAUUCGCUCGGUCGUCCAGCCUGCUGAUCCACCAGCAAAUCCACACCGGGGAGAGGCCGUUCACCUGCUCCGAGUGCGGGAAGGGGUACAGCCGCUCCUCGGAGCUGCUGAUCCACCAGCAAGUCCACACCGGGGAGAAGCCGUUCCCCUGCUCCAUUUGCGGGAAGCGAUUCGCCCGCUCGUCUAACCUGCUGAUACACCAGCGCAUUCACACCGGCGAGAGGCCGUUCACCUGCGCCGAGUGCGGACGGGGGUUUGUUCAGUCGUCCCAGCUCCUGAAGCAUCGGCGCAUUCACACCGGGGCGAAGCCGUUUGCCUGCUCCUUGUGCGGGAAGGCGUUCGCCCGCUCAAGGCAUUUGAUAAGGCACCAGCGAGUUCACACCGGGGAGAGGCCGUACAUCUGCUGUGAAUGUGGGAAGGGAUUCACUCAGUCAUCCCACUUGCAGACACACCGGUCAGUUCACACUGGGGUGAGGCUUUUCACGUGCUUAGAUUGUGGGAAGGGAUUUACUCGGUCACCUCAAUUGAAGAUACAUCAGAGAGUUCACACUGGGGAGAGGCCGUACGUCUGCUGUGAAUGUGGGAAGGGAUUCACUCAGUCGUCCCACCUACAGACACACCAGUCAGUUCACACUGGGGAGAGGCCGUUCACCUGCCCAGAGUGUGGGAAGGCAUUUACCCACCCAUCUCACCUGCAGACACACCAGCGAGUUCACACUGGGGAGAGGCCGUUUAUCUGCUCCGUUUGUGGGAAGAGGUUCACUCGGUCAUCGGAUCUGUUGACGCACGAGCGAUUUCACACCGGGGAGAGGCCGUACGCUUGCUCUGAGUGUGGGAAGGGAUUCACUCGGUCGUCAGAUCUGCUGACACACCAGCGAGUUCACACUGGGGAGAGACCGUUCACCUGCUCGGACUGUGGGAAGGGAUUCACUCAGUCAUCUCAACUGAAGGUACACCAGCGAGUUCACACUGGGGAGAGGCCAUUCACCUGCUCAGACUGUGGGAAGGGAUUCACUCAGUCGUCCAGCCUGCAGACCCACCAGCGACUCCACACAGGGGAGAGGCCAUUCACCUGUUCCGUGUGUGGGAAGGGAUUCACUCACUCAUCCCACCUUGUGAAGCACUACCGAGUUCACACUGGGGAUAAAGCUUAAAUAGCUGCAUGCUGGAUAUUUAACCCUCACAUUUGCUGAACCCAGAGGCAAGUUCAAAAGUGACUGUUGUCGAACUCUGCAAUGGUUCCUGCUGCUCAUCACACCCAGUCUGUACCCUGGUCACUGGGCCUGGUGGGGGGGUUUCUUCCUCUGACUGGAGUUUUAACA